GCCCAUCACAUCAUCCCCGCCCCUUUCCACCGGCGUUCAAUCGUGAAGCGAAUUGACUGUUGCAGGCUCGGUAUGUGGCGCAUGAGCGUGCGUGUCGGGAUGUAACGGCUGUCUCUGGAAGUAGCAAUACUGAAUUAAAACAGAUACGUACGCCCGGGGGACUCCCAAGAGAAAACACCCCUCGGAGAACGGACACAAACUAAGGGAGUUUACGACAGUGCGGAGUGGAGGGAGAGACGGGAGCGUGGCAGGAGGGACGCCCGAGCAAAUCCAACCGACACCGCACGCAGAAAUGGCGGAGCACCACGCAGUCAGCGACGGCAAGCACAAAGCGUCCACCAAUGCCGGGGGCUCGGUGCACGGGAACAGCCGACCCGGCGCCACGGGUGGAGGAGGGGGCAAAGGAGGCCUGUCUGGCGGACUGACACAGCCAGCAGGGUGGCAGUCUUUACUGUCGUUUAGCAUUCUUUUUCUGGCCUGCCUGGCAGGAUUCAGCUCCAGACUUUUCGCGGUCAUCCGGUUCGAGAGCAUCAUCCACGAGUUUGAUCCAUGGUUCAACUACAGAUCGACACACCACCUCACCACAAAUGGCUUCUAUGAGUUCCUCAACUGGUUUGAUGAAAGGGCCUGGUACCCCUUGGGCAGGAUCGUUGGUGGCACAGUAUACCCAGGGUUAAUGGUGACUGCCGGCCUCAUCCACUAUGUGCUCAACUUCCUCCACGUCACGGUCCACAUCCGUGACGUGUGUGUCUUUCUGGCACCGGUGUUCAGCGGUCUGACCGCCAUCUCCACCUUCCUGCUGACACGGGAGCUGUGGAACCAGGGUGCAGGGCUGCUGGCGGCCUGCUUCAUUGCCAUCGUCCCUGGUUACAUCUCCCGUUCUGUUGCUGGCUCGUUCGACAAUGAGGGUAUCGCCAUCUUCGCCCUGCAAUUCACCUACUACCUCUGGGUGAAAUCGGUGAAGACGGGCUCUGUGUUCUGGACUAUCGGCUGUUGUCUCUCCUAUUUCUACAUGGUGUCAGCAUGGGGAGGUUAUGUGUUUAUUAUCAACCUGAUUCCUCUGCAUGUGUUUGUGCUGCUGCUGAUGCAACGCUACAGCCGAAGAGUCUACAUCGCCUACAGCACUUUCUACAUUAUGGGUCUCAUACUGUCGAUGCAGAUCCCUUUUGUCGGCUUCCAGCCUAUCAGAACCAGCGAGCACAUGGCUGCUGCCGGUGUGUUUGCACUUCUCCAAGCCUACGCCUUCCUGCAGUACCUGAAGGACAGACUGACCAGGCAGGAGUUUCAGACACUUUUCUUCCUCGGGGUCUCCCUUGCUGCUGGUGUUGUCUUCCUCACCGUGAUCUAUCUCACCUACACAGGAUACAUUGCUCCGUGGAGUGGUCGUUUCUACUCUCUCUGGGACACCGGCUAUGCUAAGAUCCACAUCCCCAUCAUAGCGUCGGUGUCGGAGCACCAGCCGACGACGUGGGUUUCCUUCUUCUUCGACCUCCACAUCUUGGUCUGCACGUUCCCGGCAGGCCUGUGGUUCUGUAUCAAGAACAUCAAUGAUGAGCGGGUGUUUGUGGCCUUGUACGCCAUCAGUGCAGUCUAUUUUGCCGGUGUGAUGGUGCGGCUGAUGCUGACACUGACCCCGGUGGUGUGCAUGCUGUCUGCGGUGGCUUUCUCCAGUGUCUUUGAGCAUUACAUGGGGGAUGACACGAAGAGGGAGAAGCCCCCAGCUGAGGACAGCAGCGACGAGGACGACAAGAGGAAUUCUGGGAAUCUUUAUGACAAGGCUGGCAAGGUGCGCAAGCAUGUGUCAGAGCAGGAGAAGGCUGAGGAGGGUUUGGGUCCAAACAUCAAGUCCAUCGUCACCAUGCUCAUGUUGAUGCUGCUCAUGAUGUUCGCAGUCCACUGCACCUGGGUCACCAGCAACGCCUACUCCAGUCCCAGCGUGGUGCUCGCCUCGUACAACCACGACGGGACGCGUAACAUCCUGGAUGACUUCAGGGAGGCCUACUACUGGUUGAGACAGAACACAGAUGAGCAUGCACGGGUCAUGUCGUGGUGGGACUACGGCUACCAGAUAGCCGGCAUGGCCAACAGGACCACACUGGUGGAUAAUAACACGUGGAACAACAGUCAUAUAGCACUGGUUGGGAAAGCCAUGUCGUCCAACGAGAGCGCGGCCUACAAAAUCAUGAGGUCGCUUGACGUGGACUACGUUCUGAUAAUCUUCGGAGGGGUAAUCGGCUACUCGGGAGACGAUAUAAACAAGUUCUUGUGGAUGGUGAGGAUAGCGGAGGGCGAGCACCCCAAAGACAUCAGGGAGAGUGACUACUUCACUCCUCAGGGAGAGUUCAGGGUGGAUAAGGCUGGUUCACCAACUCUGCUCAACUGCCUCAUGUACAAGAUGUCCUAUUAUCGAUUUGGUGAAAUGCAGCUGGACUUCCGGACGCCUCCCGGCUUCGACCGAACGCGCAACGCUGAGAUUGGCAACAAGGACAUCAAGUUCAAGCACCUGGAGGAGGCGUUCACCUCAGAGCACUGGCUGGUCAGGAUCUACAAGGUCAAGAAGCUGGACAACAGGGAGCCGCUGGACCACAAGCUUCGCAGCGUAGUGACCAAGCAGAAGUACACUUCCAAAAAGACUGCCAAGAGGAAGCGAGGACACAUCAAGAACAAGCUUGCUCUGAGGAAAGGCAAGAAACUGCAAAAGAAAUAAUGACGACGGUGAUGAACUCUUCUAGGAAAAACAGACAAAAGCGAAGAAAAACCUUGAACAACCAAUGAAGAACAACACGGUGGCCGUUUAUCUGGCACUUGCUGUCAAGCGCUUCUCAUUAGGGCGCCACCCUGUGUUGAGGAAGUUGAAGUGUCAUAUCUGGCGAGCUCCAGACCUGUUGUGCGUUUUAUUCAGAGGAUCUUUGUCUUGCUUAUUUUCUCCUGUUGUUUUUUGUUUUCUGUUGUCUGGUUUUUGUUUUUUGGGUUUUUGUUUUUGUUUUUUCCACUUUGUACUUGAAUGUGUGGCAAGGCAUAGGGCUGCUCUACUUGGUCCAGCGUCAAUUUAAUUUUUUUGUGGUACAUUAAUUAACUGCUUAUCAGAACGGAAAUCGGGCUGAGAGGAGGUGGAGGGGAAACGAGAGAAGACUAGGAACAUUUGCACCAAAGACCCAUCGACUUUGCUCCGUGGCACAUGUGAACUGAUUACUGAGAGGCAGGAAGCACAGGCGUGAAAGCUGAGGACUUGUUCCUGACACGUGUACAGAGGACAGUAUGCGGUAUGGAGGAACGCCACCGUCUAGGCACAGCCCAUCUGUAAUAUUAACCUUUUUAUCAUCGUUACCAUCUCCUUUAUGUCUCCCUGGCUCCCUGACCUUCUUUUUCAACAAAUUCUUUAGGGGAAAAAAAAAUAAUUGGCUCAAUGUGUAAAUAUGUUAUGUAAAGAAAAUGUCUAAAAGGAUGAUAAUAUAUUGGAUUAUUGUGGUGAUUUUUAAAUAUGCAGUUUUUUUGGUUUUCUGUUCAUUUCUUUAUGUGAUAUUUUUUAUUUCUAUGACAGCAAAUAGAACAGUGAAUGCAAUAAUACUUCUUGUACAGUGGGGCUUGAGGUUUUGUUGAAAGAAUGAAUGUGAAUUUUUACAACGCCUGCCACUCUUUCCCUCCCGCCCUUUUUCUCAAAAAUUGCAUAGAUUGUACAUUUCUGCUGCUAGGGGUUUUUAAAGAUGGAAGCAAGCAACGUGUGUGCGUGUAAAAAGUAGUGAUAAUAAAUUAGGCCUCCCUUCCUGCAGAGGGAGCUCUCUUGUUCAGUGUGCAAAGCCUAGUGCCUCAUCGCUGGUCGUCAUCAUCAUCAUCCCCUUAUGUAAUUUGUGACUGUGUGUCUACUUUGUUAGAGUUUCGUUUCAUCUCAUCCUGUAUCAAUGUUGAGGUUGGGCACUUCGGUCAGACUGAGGCAUUGGAUACUGGACGUUUUCAAGUUGUCUGGAAAUAGACUGGUGAACUGUGAAGGGGCAGUGGUUUGUACACAGAAACUAGAGAAGACGUGAGGUCAAGAAACAGAAGAGCUUCUGUCUUUUUCUGUGACUACAGUGGACUAAUGGCCAUCUUUAGGGUACUUUAGAGCCGUGUCCUAAUUCCAUACUGCUUACAACUCUUAAAAGUUGAGUAUGUCGUUGCUCAACACUGUAAAGUCAAAUAUCUCAUUAAACAUUACAAUGAUUUUUCCAAAACCCGUUUUUUUCCUUUGUAAUGAUAUUAAAAAAGAGAGAGAAGCAGUAAAUCCUACCACAAUAGCCAAAAUUGAUACUCAUUUUUUUCACCUCUGUCAUUUUUUUCACAUUGUCAGUAAGAAUUAGGGAUCCAACUAGCCAUCAUUUUCUUCAUAUAAUCUGCAAAUUAUUUUCUCAGUUAGCUGAUUGGUCUGUAAAAUGUCAGAAAUUGCAUUAAAGUUGAAUAAAAGUGCUCUAGUUUUUCAGAACCCAAGGCGACUUCUUCAGAUGUUUUGUUCUGUCGUCCAAACAUCCAAAACCCCAACAUAUUCCAUUUACAUUUAUAUAAAAUACAGAAUGAAACAAGCACAUUUUCGCUUGAAAAGAGACUGAUGGGAUAAAUUAUCCAAAUUGUCUCCUGUUAAAGGGAUAUUCCACAGGUUUUCAUGAAAGAAUGGGGCUGAGAUAACCCUUAACAUUUAGCCCAUCAAAAAUGUUGGAUCUUACAUUUCCCAUGAUGCACUCUAUCAGCAUCUUACAUUAUACCACCCAUGUCUGGGACUACAUCUUUAAAACCUUUGGAUCAUAACACAAGUGUUCUUUAAAAGAAAUGGCUUUCCAACCCCUAAUAAGGUGAUUGAUUAUUAAGAAGAUGAUUGGUUUUGUCAUUGAUUAUUUGGUUGAUUUUUCCCAUCUCCCAUAUGAAACUUUAAAAGAAGAUAAAGAUAUAUCUAUCUCACCUAAAUGGUCAAUUAAGGAAAAAAAAAAAAGGUUGUUGACUAAUUUCCUGUCAGCUGACUUGUCAGUUUAGCAGCUUCCUGGAGUUGGGACAUGGCUUUAAUGAGCUGUAACCUUUGACUUUUUUAGGCACUGCACUGUUCUUUGUGUCUGGGUUUCUUCAGAUGUCUAAACACUAACGUAGUUUUUGUAUGUGCAUGCUUUAGAAACUUUCUUUUUUUUCUUUUUAAAUCAAAGUAAGUGACACAUCAAAAGAUUAACACAUCAUACAGCUUUUUGUCACAUCCCACAGAAAGUGACUUUUAUUCGUAUUACCUGUUUAUUUUUUGUCACUUUUUUUUUUUUUUUUUUAUAAACUUUGUCUGAAUUAUUUUGUUGUGUUUGCAUUGAUCUUUGAAACCAAGUGUCACCACGUCAGGUGCGAGACCUUCGACACAAUGCCACAUUGUUACUCAGUCACACAAACGCCUGAAACUGUCGUGUCUGUUGAUUUCUCAUUUGUCAACAGAUGAGUUCAGACUAAGCCUUAAUGUGUUGUGCAGUUCGUUGCCCUCCUGUGUCUUCAUUUUUCCUCAACAUUUUGUGUCACUUGGGAGCGGCAGAACGUUUCCUUCCUAACUUAAGUUGACUCAUGUCUUAGUAGCUCAGUGCUCUUUGUCCCCUCCUUUUCCUUCGGAGUUUACAUUUUUACAUUGUUGUUCUGUUCAGCCAUCCUCAAAUAUACACUUUAAUGAAAA